AUGUUGCGAACUAUAUUUUUUCUUGGAAUUUGUGUAUUUGCUGACAUCAAAGCACAGAUUGCUGGUCUUCCACAAAUCGGACCUAUCUCGCCGUAUAUUGGCUCUGUACCUUCCCUAGCAAGAUUUAGAACUAUAGAUCAAAGAAUACAAGAAAUAGUUGGCCGCCCCACCAAUUUCAGCAAUGGCUUCUUUUGGCCGCCACCCCUUGCUGUAGUGGCUGGUGAACUGCAAAAACAAAUCUUGCAAUCAUCCGGUUUAAGUCAGCUUGGUCUGGGAGGUUUGGGGCUUUCUAAUUUAGGUCUUGGUGGUUUAAAUCUAGGAAGUUUGGGUUUAGGAGGACUUGGAAGCUUAGGAUUGGGGAGUUUGGGUCUGAGAAAUUUAGGGUUGAGAAGUCUGGAAGAUACUGGCUUGAGUUCACUUAUUUAUUUAAAUUCGUUUGGAGAUGAUUUAGCUUCAAGAUUUCCUACUCCUGUUCAGAUUAUUCGCAUACCUCUUUCUGACGAAUCAUUCACGUCACAACAAUGUCAAGCUCCAUGUUUCCUCUGCUCUACAGAUACACCUGAAUCUAGUAUUAUUUUUACAAAAUUUUCAAAGAUCCGUGUUAACAAAAAAUACAUUAUUAUUCACUAG